AUGAUGGACGGGAGGAUUUACGUGGGGAACCUACCCAUGGACGUGCAGGAGAGGGACAUUGAGGACCUCUUCUACAACUAUGGAAAAAUCCGAGAUAUCGAGUUGAAGAACAUCAGAGGCACCAUCCCCUUUGCCUUUGUGCACUUUGAGGACCCACGGGAUGUGGAGGACGCCGUCUAUGGAAUGAAUGGAUAUGGAUUUGGAGACCGUAAGCUGCGUGUGGAAUACCCCUGCUCGUCCGGAUCCAAGUUUAGUGGACCCAUGAUGGGAGGGGAACCAAGAGGACGGUUCGGACCCCCAUCUCGGAGGUCCAAGUUCCGGGUGAUAGUGACUGGUCUUCCUCCUACAGGCAGCUGGCAGGACCUGAAAGACCACAUGCGUGAGGCCGGAGACGUGUGCUUCGCAGAUGUGCAGCGUGACGGCGAGGGGGAGGGAGAGGGCGUGGUGGAGUUUCUGCGAAGGGAAGACAUGGACUACGCCCUGAGGCUCCUCGACGGGACAGAGUUCCGCUCUCACCAGGGUGAGACUGCCUAUAUCCGCGUGAUGGAGGAAAGGGGGUCCAGCUGGGGCCGGUGCCGGUGCCGCACCCGCUCCAGAUCCAGCGGGUGCUACUCUCCCCCUUACCAAAGCAGCAGUCGCCCGUCCCCCCCUCCACGCUACAACUCGCCCCCACGCCGCAUGUCCCGCCAUUGCCCCCCCAGCCGCCGGCUCUACUCACAGCACCAGAGCCCCCCGCCGCGCCACUACCGGUAA